AUGAGGUCUGUCCUGCUCGCUCUCUUCCUCCUUCAUGCCUGCCCCCCUGGAGGAGCCAGCGACCUCCCUGAGGACCUGACGUUGCUGAGGACGGAGCUCGCGCUUCGCCUCUACCGGAUCGUGGCCACGGACGGCAACCGAACCAACCUGGUCCUCUCCCCCGCCGGCGCGUUCAUCCCUCUGGAGCUCCUGCAGUUCGGAGCCCAGGGGAACACCCGGAGGCAGCUGGUCCAGGCCCUGGGGUACACCGUCCACGACCCAAGGGUCAGAGAGUGGCUUCGAGCUGUUUAUGCUGCGCUACCCAGCGCCGGCCCUGGCGCCAAGCUGGAGCUGACCUGCACCCUCUACGUGCACACGGGGAUGCCACUCGCCCCCUGCUUCGUGGAUCAGGUCUCCCGGUGGGCCAACAGCAGCCUGGAGGCAGCCAACCUCAGGGAGCCCAAUGGUACCACCAUCCUGGCCAACAGAUGGGCCCCCAGGCAGACCACAGGUGAGCGUCCCGGGGGCUCCACCUGGGAGCAAGGCGGCGGCGGCGUGGAGUCCGCACAGCUGGUGCUGGUGAGCACCGUGUCCUUCCAGAGUGCCUGGCGGCACCGAUUCUCCUUCUCGGGCACUCAGCUCCUGCCUUUCACCUGUGCCCAGGACGUCGUCCUCCAGGUCCCCAUGAUGUACCAAACGGCCGAGGUCAACUACGGCCAGUUCCAGGACCCCGCGGGCCAUCAGGUAGGGGUGCUCGAGCUGCCAUACCUGGGAAAUGUGGCCAGUCUCCUCCUGUUGCUGCCGAGAGACAGAGACACACCACUGAGCCACAUUGAGCCUCACCUCACAGCCAGCAUCCUCCACAUCUGGACCUCCAGCCUGAAGAGAGCCAGGAUGGACGUGCUCCUGCCCAGCAUCAAGCAAGAAAAGUAUCCGAGGGCUCAUUUGAAGCAUGUGGAUUCUUCGUGUGCCUUCCCACUGGCCGCCUUGGGCUCCUCCAGUGACCAGGCUGUCAGCAGCGCUGAGCCAGAGGCCUUGGCAGUGGUCCCUCGAGGAGUUAAAAAUAAGUCCAGGCACUGGAACAAAAACACACAGAGACCCAGUGAGUGA